CAUAAUUUGUUGGUGAGAGAGAAAGAGAGAGUGAGAGGGAGGGAGCAAGGGAGCGAGGGCAAGAGCGUGUCAGUGUUUCUCUCUUCACUCUGUGUGCUCUUUUGCUGAUGAUUAUCAUGGACAUGGAAUCAUCAAAUCAGCAGGACCUGACAAAGAAGUGACAGGACGAGAGAGUGGUGUUGACUGGGGUUCUGAAAGAGCCAAAAACAGAGGCGAUUCUACAUGCCUCAAAAUUUCAACAGACCCUUCAUCUUUCGGACGAACACAACAGAAAUUGGAUUUGGGGCUGUCCUUUCACAGACAAUACAAGGUGACAGAGUAAUCUGACAUCAGGAGAGUGUCAUGAGCACGGAAAAAGAGCGCAGCAUGCUGAACGAUGCAGAUGAGGAGAAGGAGGUGAAGGAUGAGAAGACUGGUGUGAAGGAGGAGCUGUCUGAGGAGCAGGAGCUGGAGGAGCUGAGGGCUCAGGUACUGCAGCUCCUGCUUGAGCUGGAAGAAGCUAGAGACACGUCUCAGAAACAUGAGGAGGGCUUUCUGGAGCUGCAAGGUCUUCUUGAGGAGGAACGUUUAGCUAGUGCUCAUCAGGCAGAAGCCUUCACAAGACAGAUCCAGCGUCUGCAAGCCCAGCUUCGUUCUGUUCAGGAAGAGAUGGACAGUCUAGAGGAGGAGAAGGAAAGUGAGCUUCUGGAGGCGCAGGAGGAGCUGCGGACGGCACAGGAGGAGGUGCUGGUGCUGCAGCAGGCGGCGGAGGAGGCUGCGGCUGAAAGGGAGAAUGACAUCGCCAGUCUGCAGGAGGAGCUCUGCCGUUUACGGGCUGAAAUCUCACGACUGGAGAACACAGAACAGGAGUAUGAGCUGGAGAUCGUCACGCUCCGAGCAGAAAUAGAGAUGAAGAGCCAGAUCCGUCAACAGCAGAGGAAGGAGGGUAUAGCGUUAGCAGAUAUGAAUAAGGUGGUUUCAGGUGAUGUGGGUCAGUUGAUGGAUGAAUGUAAGAGUCUGAAGGAACAAUGUCAUGCACUGCAAGAAGAAAACACAAGACUGACUCAUAGAUUGCAGAUGCUACAAAAGAGGAGUUCAGGCAGUUCCUACAUAUCUCUUAAAGAAGAACAGGAAGAAACAGAAGAGUGUGGAACAGAGACAGAAACAGGAGGAUCUUAUAUGAGCGUGAAUCAGAUGGGCUCCAACUGCAGGUUGGUGGAUGCAGGUAUCCAGAAGAAUAUAUCGUUUGAUGGCAAACCUAUCACCCCCACCAGCUGGACAGGAGGUUUUUCAGAGAUCCUCUCACUGAGAGAUCAACUCAAACAGACAGAAGAGAAGGCCACACACGUGCAGCAAGAGUGUGAUGGACUAAAGAAUGAACUACAAAAUCUGCGGGAAAUGUAUGAGACCAGUCAGAAGGAGCGAGCUGAACUGGAGCUAGAGUUACUGCGCUGCAGGGAAGAGCUGGAGAGGGCUGCUGACGUGAAAGAGGAAUGAUGCUCAUAAAAACCAUUGAUUUGUUGCUGCCGGUCUGAACUAUAUCGUAUAAAGAACAAAAGCGCUCAUCACAGCCUCUACAAUAACAUCUGGAGUUUUGUUUUUUGUGUGUGUGUCCUUUUGUCUUUUUGCAAUAAUAACCAAGACAAAAAUUCCGACUACAGAUCCCUUUUUUCAGCCUGUUCUGGAUCGCACAUGACUGCUCUUGGUAAAAUUUAAAAGCAGCAACUGCUCACCUCUGUUAUAUUCUCUGUUACAUUUUUCCUAUAUUUCACAUGUACUUUAUAUUAGUUUAGCAAAAGUUUUAAUGAUGUUUUUGAUUUAUUCACCAUUUAGCUACUGAUUGUGUUGUGUUGUAGGCUUAAAUAGAUUUAAUAUAAUGAUAAGUCUACAUUGAUGAAUUCUUCCUAAUACGAGAUGAAGUGCAAGAAAUAUAUUAAUUGUAACAGGCCAAUACAAGCACUGUUAAGGAGGUCUGAAUUGGAAAUGAAUGACAUACUUAAAUACUUAAAAUAGUUAUUUUAUACCUUAUAUAUAUUAUUUUAUGAAUUUUUACUUAAUUCUAUUGGUUUACAAUAACUGCUACAAUCUGUUCUUUUUAUAAUUUUAUGCAUGUUACCGCAUGAGGCAAUGCUAUAUAGUGCCAUAUAGAUAAUUGUAUUUAGAUUUGUACAUUGAUAAGAAGAAUGUGUUAUUACAACAAAAUGUCCAUAUACAGUUCUGGAAAAAAAAUCUGGAUUUCUGCAUGUAUGCCCCCUAAAUUGUGAACUGAACAUCAUUAGUCAACAAACAAUGCACAUCAUUUAACUGCGGCAUGCAUUUCGUGUAAACUCUCAAGGUCACUGAUAUUUAGUAACUAAUUCAACAGCCUAGAGAAACCACUUCAGUAAUGAGAUGUCAGGCCACAGGAUUUUAAUGAAACUGAUGUCGGGUUGUUUGAGUUGUCUGAGCCAGUAAAUUUACUCAUGUGCUUUUGGAUCAUUGAUGCACGGACCAAAUUCAGUUUCUAUAGGAUUCUACGGAUGGCCAUUCAUAGAGGGUCAUAACUCUGACCUUUUCCAGUCAAUUAAACUUUAACUUUAAUCUUUUCUAAAGUAAUUUGAAAUCACUUUUCAUCACCUUGAAACAGAAUUACAUUAUUUUGAGCAGAUUAUCAAAUUUUGUCAAAUCUGACCUGACCUGUUUGGAACUCUGUAAUUAAAGCCUUAUUAUCAAGAAAGUUCAUAUAUUUUUACUUUUCCUAUCAAUGACCUUGAUUGUUCAAACCCUUUGUUUUAUAAAGAUAGAAUAUAAUUUAUAUAAAAUUUAUAUGAAAACUAAAAAUCUAAGUCAGACUUUAAGUAUUAUGAUUGAAUUGAUAGUCGGAUGACAUUGUAGAUCAUGUGUGGUCUCUUACGGUGAUCAUCCUGAUUUAUAGACUUAUGGGCCAUUAAUAUCUCUGGUUCCUUAUCUGUCAGUAACUUCGACAUGGUGUCGAUGACUGACACUAGGGGUCGCACUUGGGAACCCCAAACACCUCUGAUACUUUAAUAUAAGGCCAAUGAGAAUUGGCGAAUGGAGUUUUCUUGCCACUCCCCUGGACAUACGGAUAUAAAAGGAAGACAGCAUGCAUAACUCAUUCGGAUUUGUUCUUCGAAGCCGAGUGAGUCUCAUCUAUACACAAGCUCAAUCCAUUCAUCCUCUGGAAAGGAAGCAAAUUGCUGUUGUGACGACACAUUGCAGUGGUCUUUCUAGUGGAAAGUGCACAGAUAAGUGUAGAGAAAGUUCUCCUUGGUGCUUCAGCAAGCCUGAAAGAUCAGUUUCCUUUAAAAGAGCUUUUGGUGGUUAGCGCUGACGACGAUGCAAGAUGCAAUGGGAGCGUUUCCACUAGGUCAAUCUGCACGGGCCUCCCAUUCCUCGUCUUGCACGUUGUGCCCGGUGGAGCUUCCAGAAGACUUUGAGCUAUUGAGCUACCGCACCGAAGGUGGAAGUCCUGCCAAGUCAUAUCGAUAGUUUGUCCUCAUCCGGAGCCCCAAAUAUGAAAUCAGAUUUCUCAUUUGGGGCUCCGGAUGAGAACAAACUAUCGAUAGGACUCGGCUGGACUUCCACCUUUGAUGCAGUAGCUCAAUCCGAGUCUGAUGCAGAGUUGGCAGCCAUGCUUUCCCAGGCUGUCACGAGCAUCAGUCUGGAGCUGAAUCCUCUGUCCUGUCCCAAGUGCUUGUGGCUGAAUGAAUGGUAUCUGAGUUCAGAGCGGGACUUACAGCCUCAGUACCUUUCUUCCCAGAAGUGCAUGUAGAGCUGAUGAAGUCAUGGAGGGCACCUUUCAUUGCCCGGUCCCACUUCACAAGCUCUUCCACCCUCACUAUCCUCGACGGUGGGAUGGCUACGGGGUAUACGGACGUUCCACAGGUGGAGCACGUGGUUGCUAUGCAUUUAUCUCCACAAAACGCCGCCACCUGGCGGAAUCCUCCCAGACUCCCAUCCAGGGCCUGUAAGUUCACUUCAUCUCUAAUGGCAAAGGCUUACAGUGCUACUGGACAGGCCACCUCCAUCCUGCAGGUCCAUAAGGCCAAAGCUCUGCCAAAGCAAAGAGCUGCACAAGGGUAGUUCUGAGCCGGACUGAUGCAGGAACUGCGCUCUCUGAGCAAUGAAGGUCAAGGCACAGGCUCUUGGCCAGACGAUGUCCACCAUGGUAGUCGCUGAGAUGGUAGUUGCUGAGAUGAGGGAGGUCGACAAAGUCAGUUUUCUUGAAAACCCCAUCUCACAAGGUGGUUUCUUUUGUGAAACUCUCAGAGGCUCCUGUGGCAUAUGGCGUCCUCGGCAGCGGUUACGGUGCUCGGGUUGAUGCAUAUGAGACCACUUCAGCAUUGGCUACAGACUCGUGUCCCAAGAUGGGCAUUAUGCAGCGGCACACAUCACGUGGCCAUCAUGCCAAUUUGUCGUUGCUUACUCAGGCCUUGGACAGACCUUGCAUUUCUACGGGCGGGGGUUCCCCUAGAACAAGUGUCCAGGCAUGUUGUGGUCACAACAGUCUGGCUGGGAAGCUGUGUGCAAUGGGCACGCAGCGUCGGGCUCCUGGACAGGACCUCGACUGCAGUGGCACAUCAGCUGCCUCAAGGUGCUAGCGACAUUGCUGGCCCUGCGGAGGUUUCAGAUGUGUUGGAACACAAUUGGCCCCGGGGCCUUUGCAAAUAUGCAUUUCUUUAGCAAACUGCGCCUCUCUAACAGACAUCUGUAGAGCAGCAGGCUGGGUGACACCCAAUACCUUCACAAGAUUUUUUAAUCUCUGGGUUGAGCCAGUCUCGUCCCGUGUGCUAUUGGGUACUAACGGGUAAGUAACGGACAACAGGCAGGGUGUACCACUUGCACACAAUGCCUUUCCCCUCCCUGAGGUGAUAACAUGCACUUAUUUGUCCAUGUGAGUUGCCUUGACUAAUGAACCCUGGAUGUGAGUUUUCCCUCAGUACACUUGGCAGUCAAAUUCAGCAGAGGAAUUUGAUGUCAGGCCCAGUACUCGUGAUGCAUGCCCUUUCAGGUCAGCCCGUAUACUUGGGCUAGGUGCUCCAUAUGUAGUGAUUCGCUGAUGGUAAUCCCAUAUGAUGUAUUGUCCACGAUAUGGUUUCCCUUAUGGUAAACCUGUGUCUUCCCCUUUGUCUCUGCCGCCAGUCACUGCAUUUGUAGUAGUUCCUUCCUUUUCAGGUAAGAUCUACCACAGGAACCUCUUUCCACGUAUGGUACUUCCUGGUUGUAAGUCCAUGUGAUGUAUUCUCCACAUACUAACCUCUCUUAGGGCAGGAUGUGGUCUUUGUCAUUUUCUUUCUCCUGUCUAGGAGAAAGAGUGCUUCCCCAGUGCUAACUCUGGUGGAGAAAGAGCACUUCCCCAGUGCUGAUUCUGGUCUGCACAGCUGUGAGCUUUUAUUUACAAAAAAAAGAGAAAAGGACAAAAGACCGGCUAAAGCUACCUAUCCCCAUGGUAAGUACUGUCCUCUCUGCCCCCAUGUGGUACGAAGGACGUUGGGUAGGUGACAAUGUUAUGAGUGCUCUUGUUACCCAGCACGCGGGGCUUGCCGACAUCUGCACCGCCAAAUACUCGUAACACAGUUCAGAUGUUGUGUCGUUUUCCCCGGGGGGACCCCUAGUGUCAGUCAUCAACACCACGUCAAAUCAAGUCACCUUUAUUUAUAUAGCCCUUUAUACAAUACAGAUUAUUUCAAAGCAACUUUACAGUGAUAACAGGAAAAUGAUGUUGUUCAGCUGAAGUCAGUUCAGUGUUGAAGUGACUGAGAGAUAGGGAACGUCUCGGUUACUAUUGUAUCCUCCGUUCCCUGAUGGAGGGAACAAGACAUGGUGUCCCUCCUGGCAAAAUGUUAAACUGCCCACUGAAAUGGGCGUGACAAUAUCUCGGCUCCUCAGCACAAAUCUGAAUGAGUGAUACACGCCGUCUCCCUUUUAAACAUGUAUGUCCAGGGGAGCGGCAUGCAAAUUCUUCUUGCCAAUUCUCAUUGGCCGUUUCUCAAAAUAUCAGAGGUGUUCCUAAGUGCAACCCCUAAUGUCAGUCAUUGACACCACGUCUCAUUCCCUCCCUCAGGGAACGGAGGUUACAAUAGUAACCGAGAUGUUCUUGUGUGAGUCAGCCAAAGGUCAGCUGAGAUUAUCAAAGCCUAGCAACAAAUGGAAUUAUUAUAAUUAGUAGUAGUAGUAGUAUUCUGUUGUCACAGUGGUACCAAAACAGUUGUAUUUAAAUGUGUAAAAUUUCUAGAAUAUUUGUAUACUUUGAAUAGUAAUAUACAGUAGAUGAAUCAUCAGGUUUAAUGGUGAUUAAUAUGGUGUUAAAUUAACAUGAACUGAAUUCCACUGUAUCUCUAGAUUUGAUAAAGACAGACAAAUUGAAUAACGUUCCAUCCUUUCAAAACAUUUAUGUGUGUUUCUACAAAUAUGGGCACUUUUGGCGCUGUGAACACUUUAAAGAAAUAAACUCUUUAAACACACUUUUCAUAAUUGCACAUUUUACUUGCACACCAUCAAUGUCCAGUUCUCCUGUGAUUUUCAUAUAAAUAAUAUCUUUUUUUUCAUAUAUCACAAACUUCAGAAAAAAAGGUCAACAGUUAAGGCUACUUUCAUUUUGUAUCCUAAAUGUAAUCCUAUUUUUGCACUUGUUGCACAAAAUUGUUGAUAGUGGUAUUAUGCCUCAACUAAGGAACAGUAUAAUCUGUGUAAAAAAUUAUGUAAAUCAUUUUCACACAAUAAAUAUGGUUUGUAAUUUCAA